AAAAGGAAAAAAUAAAAUAGGGAGGAGGAGAAGAGUCAACCGACGUAGUCUAGAGUGUGGAGUUGGGUGGAAUAUAAUUCAUUGUUUGAAAGCAGCGUUUGCUUCUCUUUUAAAUUACAUUACAUAUAUACAUACAGAUAGAUACACAUUGAUCGUCACUUCUCCUCUUUUUUUUUCGUGUUCUGAUAAGAUUACUCAGAAAUCUCCAAGAUAAUCAUUUACUUCCCGAGUUUUCUUUCCUCACAGGGGUACUCGGACGUCAUUCUGGAAGGAGGAUUAUAACAUCGUAAAUAACCUCCGGAGGAUUGCCCAUGGAUCAGAAUGCUACUAUUGAAGAGGGAGAGGGUAGAAAUGCUCUUGAAUUGGUGAGAUCAGUUUCAGAUAAGCAUCUUGAUCUUUUGAGGCCUUCAUCUCGAUAUUAUUCCAUGUUUAAAGGACAAGCAACGGAUUCUGGAGACAGGGAAAAGGGCAAGUAUACUUUGAUUAGAAAUGAAGACGACUCACAACUAGGGAUAUAUGACAAACCUCUUCCUUGCUUUGGCUGUGGAAUUGGAUGGUUCUCGUUUCUAUUAGGUUUCUUGUUCCCGCUGAUGUGGUAUUAUGCUACAUUCUUGUAUUUUGGAAAUUAUUACCGCAAGGAUCCUAGGGAACGAGCUGGACUUGCUGCAUCUGCAAUUGCUGCUAUGGCAUGCUCGGUUUUAUUGUUGAUCGUUGUCUUAAUUCUGCUUCUCUAGCUUCUGGUCUUGCUACUUCCAUGGGGCUCGCUCCGAAUAUGUUGAGAAGCAUUGAUAUUAUAUGGAGUUGUUGACUUCACAUACACAUGUUGAUAUGAAUCUUUUUUUAAUGGAUAAAGAUUUAAGUGUUUUGCAAAAUUAGUUUGUCGAUCCACCUCUGUAUAUGUUCGUUCCAUUCGAGUAAUUGUCUUUGCAGGAGCCUACAGUUAUAUUUGACAGAGCAAUCAAAAGCUCAUUGAAAUCCCUUCUUUAUUAAAACAUACAAGUAAAGUGGAUGCGCCCUAUUCGUAUAAGAAAACCAUUUUUUUCUACUUA